GUCUGUGCCCACAGCCAGUUAUGAUCACCAAAGUUCUGGAAGCAGGUAACCACACAGCAACCAUACAUUUCAUUCUUCUGGGAUUUCCAACACGGCCAGCCUUCCAGCUUUUCCUGUUCUUCGUGUUCCUGGCAACCUACCUACUGACUCUGCUGGAGAACGCUCUCAUCAUCCUGGCCAUUCGCGGUGACAGACAACUGCACAAGCCCAUGUACUUCUUUCUGAGCCACCUCUCCUUCCUGGAGAUGUGGUAUGUCACCGUCAUCAGCCCCAAGAUGCUGGUGGACUUCCUCAGCCAUGACAAGACCAUUUCCUUCAAUGGCUGCAUGACUCAACUUUACUUCUUUGUGACCUUUGUCUGCGCAGAGUACCUCCUCCUCGCUGUUAUGGCCUUUGACCGCCACGUAGCCAUUUGUAAGCCACUACGCUACCCAGUUAUCGUGACCAACCGGCUCUGUGGUACCCUGGCGGGGGGAUGCUGGCUCUGUGGACUCACAACUGCCACGGUUAAGAUGGUUUUCAUAGCCCGACUCCACUACUGUGGCAAACCUCACAUCAACCAUUAUUUCUGCGAUAUUUCUCCGCUCCUCAGCAUCCCCUGCGAAGACCCCUCGCAGGCGGAGCGAGUAGACUUCUUUCUGGCCCUCGUGGUUAUUGCCAUCCCCCUUUGUGUGGUCGUGGCGUCUUAUGCCAGCAUUCUCAGUGCCGUCCUUAGGAUCCCUUCUUCACAAGGCCGCCAAAAGGCGUUUUCCACCUGUGCCUCUCACCUGACUGUUGUCAUUCUCUUCUAUUCCACAACCCUUUUCACCUAUGCCCGCCCCAAGCUCAUGUACACCUACAGUUCCAACAAAGUGGUAUCUGUGCUCUACACAGUCAUCGUCCCCCUCCUCAACCCCAUCAUCUACUGUCUGAGGAACCGGGAAGUAAAGGCAGCCCUCAAGAAGACCGUACUGUGCAAAGGAAGUCGUUCCAGAGGGGAUGUGGCUUUGAGCAAUUAAACGCUUAUAGACUCCCUUCAGGCCUGAGUCAGGAGGUGAUGGUUCCACAUCCACACCCCACACUCUGGCCCUUGCUUAUCUAUCCAUAUCCAGUACUUUAGCCCUGCUCCCCUGUGUGUGCGUGUGUGCGUGUGUAGACGCAAACGUGGCUAAAGAACCAUAUUCGCAAGCGGCAGCCUCUACCUCUAGCUCAGCAGACCGGUUUUAGACAUUUCCCCAAACUUCCUUGAAACGAGGGCAGAUUUUUCUCUCCCACUAAGAUACAAACCCCACGAGAGGACAGAUGCGUCUGUCACACAGUAGGUGCUUACUACAUACUGUUGCAAGGGUCGCUGAAUAAAUACAUUGAGUGAAAACACUGAAGAUGAAGAGGGGAAUUGUGAAUACGUGUUGAUGGCCUCUGUUCCGCCUGCUCAUUGUCAUUUCUUUUUCUUCCUCGCUUCUCUCUGUUCUGUCUUUCCUCUUACAGACUCAUAGAUGUGCUCGCUCUCUGCCCUCCUCCUUCCCGUCCUCCUUCCCUCCUCGCUUCCUCUCCCCACCCCCUAUUUUUCCACAGAGACGCUGGCAUGCGU